GGCCACGAAAGCCACUCGUUGCGUGUCCUUAUAAUUUGGAGAGGUGUAUGCAGCGCACGGUCCCCUUCGCGUUUCCAGGUGGAGGUCCAGGAGGAACUGAGACCAAACUUAACUGGGACGACUGGUGAACUCGGUUCAGGACAGGCGGGAUUCCCAGUUGUCUGACAGCGAGGCCAAAGGAUCGAUUGGCGCGUAUAGGAAAAUACAGUGUAUCACAGCGUGGGUCAUGGAUGAGAUGCCGCAGUACAGUGGAUGUUUAACUACAACCAGCUGAAGUAUCUCUGACCAACAUUAGGACCUAACGGGAUAUUCUCUCUUUUCUCUUGGGAUUCACCUGGUUACAUAAAAAAAAAGUUUUUCCAUGAAAAGCGUUUUUUUUUUUUUUGUAAAUAAAAAUCAGCAAUGAAAAGGAAUCAAGGCGGAGAGGAAUCAGUGAAACCGCUGAUUUGAAUGCCCCCCCGUCUCACCCAAGGAAGGACACGUUGAAAAGGCGCCGAAAUGAAGGAGAAAUCCAAGACGGCCGCAAGGACUAGACGGGAAAAGGAGAACAGUGAAUUCUACGAAUUGGCCAAAAUGUUGCCUUUACCGUCGGCCAUCACCUCUCAGCUGGACAAAGCCUCCAUUAUAAGACUCACAACCAGUUACCUGAAGAUGAGAAUUGUUUUCCCUCAGGGUUUGGGGGAGGCUUGGGGUCAUGCAAGUCGGACAAGAUCUUUGGACAAUAUCGGACGAGAGCUGGGAGCUCAUUUACUGCAGACGUUGGACGGAUUCAUCUUCGUUGUGGCUCCAGAUGGGAAAAUAAUGUACAUUUCCGAGACGGCGUCGGUCCAUUUAGGCCUCUCUCAGGUAGAGUUGACUGGGAACAGCAUUUACGAAUAUGUCCAUCCGGCCGACCACGACGAGAUGACAGCGGUGCUGACGCCGCAUCAGCCCUACCACUCACAUUUCGUUCAAGAAUACGAAGCGGAGCGCUCUUUCUUUUUGCGGAUGAAAUGCGUGCUUGCAAAAAGAAACGCAGGCCUCACCAGUGGUGGAUACAAGGUGAUCCACUGCAGUGGCUACCUGAAGAUCCGUCAGUACAGUUUGGACAUGUCGCCCUUCGAGGGCUGCUACCAGAACGUGGGCUUGGUGGCCGUGGGUCACUCCCUGCCGCCGAGCGCCGUGACCGAGAUCAAACUGCACAGCAACAUGUUCAUGUUCAGGGCCAGUUUGGACAUGAAGCUCAUCUUCCUGGACUCCAGGGUGGCUGAGCUGACAGGUUAUGAGCCCCAGGACCUAAUAGAGAAAACCCUCUACCACCACGUCCACAGCUGUGACAUCUUCCACCUCCGUUGUGCACACCACCUCUUGCUGGUAAAAGGACAAGUUACCACCAAGUACUAUCGUUUCCUGGCCAAGCACGGGGGCUGGGUCUGGGUCCAGAGCUACGCCACAAUCGUCCACAACAGCCGGUCCUCAAGACCUCACUGUAUAGUCAGCGUCAACUACGUACUCACGGAUACAGAGUAUAAGGGAAUGCAGCUUUCUUUGGACCAAAUGAGCCCCACCAAGCCAGCUUUCCCCUACGCUGACAGUCACGGAGAAGACAGGAAGAGCACCAAGUCACGUCUCACCCAGGCCAAGGCCAAAGCCAGAGUGUCCCCCUACCCGCAGCAGUUUUCAGCCUUCAAUCCAGAGCGUUCAGAGUCAGACCAAGACAGCCAGUGGGGAGGGAGCCCGCUCACGGACUCUGCAUCUCCUCAGCUGCUGGACCCCAGUGAGGCAGCCGAGGCCUCCUGUGCCUACAGGCUGUAUCCAGAGCCAGGUUCCCUGUGUUGCAGCGUGGGUCUAUCAGAAGAAGAACUAGGCCAUCCCCAAACACAUCCUCACAUCUCCCCCUGUGACCGCGUGCAAUGUCAGAGCGGGCGCUACUUCCUCGGAACCCCGCAGUCGGGACGCGAGGUUUGGUGGGACGCCACCCGCUCUGUGCUCUCGUUGCCAAAACCCUCGGUGGAGAACAGCGAGGGCUACGAAAUCACAUCGUACCACGGAGCCAUUCACGGGCGGGGCCACUGGGAUGAAGACAGUGUAGUGAGUUCACCUGAUGGAGGCGGGUCCACCAGUGAUUCUGGCGAGCGUUACCACGGUGACCACUUCCGGGCAACCCCUCGAGAGCCCAGCAAGAUGGAGACGCUAAUCCGAGCCACACAGCAGAUGAUCAAAGAGGAAGAGAGCCGCCUGCAGCAACACAAGGCGCCGCUGGAUGUCUCGGGCCUCGCCAAGACUCACAGCCCGUGCUUCACCUCCUCGUUACCACACCACCCUCAGCUCAGCAUGACCAGCGUGGUGUGCCGUGGCCCGGGAGCUCCCAACACCGACCUCGCCUCCGAGCGCCUCCAUCACCAGGACGGCGUCAAAUUACUGGGUCCCCACGACAUUGACGAAAACACCACCAGUCCGGCGUCCCUGUCCCGCCUCAGCAGCCCCAGCUCUGACGGACUCCCCAGGGCGUCCCACUCCCUCGCCAAAGACUACAUGCAGACGGACCUGUCCCCCCAUCCUCCGCAGCCGCAGGGGAGCCCGCUAAUCUACUCGGCCCAGGAGAGGCAGCCACUGGACAGGCAGGCUGCCUACGCGCUGGCCGGAUACUCCCUGGAGCACCUCUACGACCCGGAGAACUUGCGGAGUUACUCCGGCCUGGCGUGUGCAGGAGUCCAGUACGAUGUGGCGUCCCACGUGAGGAUGCAGGCCGAGCAGAUGCAGGGACACAAGGCCACGUCAGUGAUCAUAACCAACGGGAGCUGACGACAUCUGGUGUAGAUUGUCCCUGUUCCCUAGAUGAGGAUGUUGCAGUGGCGGUGCUUCAUGCACAUGCAAACACCGGUCAGGCGCUUGGUAGAAAUAGCUGGACAAUUCCAAACAAAAUAAAUUUUAAAAAAAAGUGAAAGUUACUGGGGUGAUGUUCCCUUGUUGGCCGAUUCAGCAACAUUUGUCAUUGUCUGCCAUUGUAUCAAAUCAUUUUCUUUAUCACCGGAGGAUGUUAUAAACUAUUGUCUUCAAGAACGGAUGUUUGGUGUGCCCCUUCAGAUGACGGAGGUUCGCUCCAUUACGUAGGGAUAUAGUGUUAUUACAAUGGUGAGCUGAUUUACCCCCUGUAGGCUACCUAAGUCUCGAGUCCAGGUUAAACAUCAAGCUAGUGUUUCUGUUCCGAACACCUCAUGCUCCAGUGGUCAUGCAAGUUAAUCUGUCUUGGACAUUAUUUCCAGAGGCAGACAGAAAAUGCGCCGUUCCGUUACCCCUUAGCCUGAAAGCUCCAUUGGUCCGAGCAUAACGGUCGACCCACAAAGUGCAACGUGAGAAAGACCAGAGGUCCACUAUUGUAAGAUGUCAAUGUUUCUUGGUAUUUAUUUGUCAGUGGGCUGUUUUCUGUAUGUGCCAUUUUCCGAGUAGAAAUGUUAUUGGUCGCAAAAAAAAAAAAAAAAAGUGUUUGG